UACAGCGGCAGCAGCCAUUAUCUGUCCCGUUUGCCAGGUCCGGAGACCAUGCUGAAGCCUGCUCUCAGUCUCUUCAGCCACGCACAGCAGCCUUUUCAACACAUGGACUCCCUGCACCAGCUGGGACCUCCACCGAUGGUGCCUACGCAGCCUCUCGGCCCCCCGCCGGUCAUCCCUACUGCAGCAAUCGGAGCGCCAAAUGUGGUUGGCGCCCAGACUCUGGUGCCCCCUCCUAUCACUGCUGCUCACACAAUGAGGCCUCCCCACAUUGCCCCCGUCCAUAGUUUAGGCCCGCCGCCAUUAGUUCCAGCUCAGCCUCUCGGGCCGCCUCCUUUGACACACACCUUGGGACCGCCAUCACUGGACCCCUUACAAGCAAUGGUGCCUCCUUCUUUAGACCUCACACAACCGCUGGGGCCUCCCCCUUUGAACCACGCACAUGCGUUGGUUCCCCCCGUGCCUACCGGAGUCAACAGAUUCCCCCUGCCACCCAGCCCCUUGUCCUCCCCGCUAAUCCCGAGCCCAGAAGUCUCACAACUGCCCCUAAGACCCGGACCUCCACUCAUCUCAUCCCCAGUGUCCGCUCUUCUACCGGGUCCUCUUCCGGGUCAGGCAGCCCCAGCCAGCGAGCAGCCCAAGGAAGAGGGCUCUCCUCUGGUUAGGGAAGAGCAGGGGGACGCGCCCGCUCUGGAAGAACUUUGCAAACCUUUGUACUGUAAACUCUGCAAUGUUACCGUCAACUCAGCUCAGCAAGCACAGGCUCACUACCAGGGGAAGAACCACAGUAAAAAGUUGCGGAAUUUUCUAGCUGGCAGUCAGCAGCCACCAGCCAUCAGGAUCCCCGAAGUCCUCGAGGCAGCCGGACAGACAAACCUCAUCUCAGGAUCCAGUGACACUGAUACUACGAGACAGACGUUGUACAAGGGGCCCACCCGGGUCAUUUUGGCCACAGAGAAUGACUAUUGUAAGCUGUGCGAUGCCUCCUUCAGCUCCCUCUUAGUUGCACAGGCGCACUACCAGGGCAAGAACCACGCAAAGAAACUCCGCCUGGCCGAGGCCCAGCAGAACACCAGUAACGUGAUCUUCCAUUUCAGGGACUGUAUUCGCGAAGUAAGCCCAAAAAGGAACUGGAAGGAUGGCAAUGAGUACAGACUGGUGAAAAAUCGCCGUAGCCCACAGCUUCCUACCUCCAUGCAAGGGCCGUACUACAACCCCAGACCGAGGCAGCGGAUCCCCCGAGAUUUAGCCAUGUGCGUGACCCCCAGCGGACAGUUCUACUGCUCCAUGUGCAACUGCGGCGCUGAACAAGAAACGGACUUCCGACAGCAUCUGGAAAGCAAGCAACACAAAGCUAAAGUGUCCGAGUGGAGGUACCGCAACGAGAUGGAGAACUUGGGCUACAGCUAAGAGGACGGCGGGGGCAGGGGGGGGACAGGGGACAACGAAGAAAACACGGCAACAGCGUGACACCAAAGUGGUAGAAAGAAAAUCUUUGUUGUGGGCAUUUUACUGACGGAUUAGUGUCAACAUGUACACUCUUUUAAAAUCCCCAUAAGACAAAAAAAAAAAUGGUUGCAAUUGACCUUGGUUUUUGUCUAACUCAGGAUGCGGGAGAAUCGAAAGAUGUCUCGUAGCUUCACGGCACCGGAUGUAACGCGAUUGGUUGGAUUAACCAAGA